GAGCCAUAGUCGUCGUCGUACUGGCUGAGUGGCCAGGCUGGACAGACCUCGGACGCAUCUUUUCGCGGCACUGGGGACUGCCCUUGAGCAAAGAUUUGUCAACACUCGGACACAGCGCAAAUAAAAUGGGACGCAAGCCUCCGUCGAACCUGAGUAAGGUCGAUUACAAUGAGGGCAUGGAGACGCUAUUCACGGUGCUCGAUGCACGCAUUUUGGACUGCUUCCGUCUGCACUGGGACACACCUGAUCUAUUCACAUACUUCGCGAAACGUGCGGAGGAGAAGACACUGCCAUCACUCGGUGAGUUAGAGGAUGUAGCGCUCUCACUCUAUCGCGCCUACUCGACCAGCCGCGGUUACGAACGGGCGGUAUAUGCACAGUCAGAUUGUGACUGCAAGACGAUGCUGCCAUCCAACUUGAACCCCACGCCGGACGGGCCAGUCGACAAGCCAACGCCAUGGGAGAAGACUGUCCCAAUUCGGAACUCGCUGGACGCCUCUCACCGCAGCCACAUCCUCGCGCUCCUCCGGCGAGUUGCAGCAAGCGGUUCAGUCCGCGGCAGGAGAGGAGAGCGCGCUGUCCGAGCCUUACGAGUUUCAGGGUGAUCGCGCUCUUGCUCAGUCAAUCGCCCCCAUGCGCGACGCCGUCGUCUUGCGAGAGUUUGUGCUAGCGACCUGCGAGGGUGA